AUGCGGGUACCUAUCCCAAAUGCCUCUUUCAUCAUUAAAGCGUGGGUGAAGAUCAAGGCAGAGGCCGGUCUCUCGCUUGCCCUGAGGACUUGGAACCUUUUUAGUUUUGCUUCAAUUCCAACUGGCGGAUUUGCUCGGCAGGAGUAUUAUGAGGAUGACGUCACUCUCCAGCUCGUGAGCGCAAUCAGCAAAGUGACCAACCUAGACGUCAGCACGGUUCUGCAUGUAUUUGGCGAGUUCUUCAUUGUGUGGCUGAUGGAGAACGGGUAUGCCAGCAUGCUCAGAAACCAAGGUUCAAACAUGCUCGAGUUCAUGUCAGCCAUGAAUGAUUUGCACAAGGGGCUGAAAAAAGGCUUGCCCCAUCUUGUGCCUCCUCGGAUGAUAUGUACCAAGGAUGCGGAUGAAGCGCUGUCCCUUGAGUAUGUGUCCUACAGGAGUGGCUUGGCACCAAUGAUGAGCGGGCUGGUCACACAAGUUGGGCGGUCACUUUUCCACAGCGACUACAUGUGCACCAUGGAGACCCAAUGGAAGUCUCAGGACGAGAAUGGAAAGCCACUGGAGCACACCCGCUUUAGGAUCAGCCGGAUCAGUGGUCUGGCGCUGGAUCAAGCUCCUGACCCUGAUGAGGUUGAUGAGGGACUCUCCGCCAUUUGCAUGGAAUAUCAGCAGUUGAAACGCAGAGGCCACGAUUUCCUGCAGAGGAACGCCUGCAUGGCUAGCGCGUGGUCCUACAUCCUAGUGGAACGCGUAAAGUGUUUGCAGGACAUGGCCUAUGUUCACCGCUUUGGGCGCAUCUUCUGCUUCGAGCAGUUCAAAUCGGUCUUGGGCAUGCUUACAUCCAGGGGCCAGGAGGAACAGAUGGCCUCGUCACAAGGUCGCCUGGCGAUUUCUGUGCGUUUCAAUGUCUUUUCACGGUUUGUCGCCUUCCCCGCUGACCCGUUCUGCGAGGAUGAGCCCUUGGUGCGCCUGUCUGCCGGAAAGCGUUACCGACAGGCCAUCUUGCCUUUCGGGCCUGGCACUACGAUGUUUGCUUCCGGCUUUGGAGCCGGGAGGAUUCCGGAUGCGUACAACUACUGCUGCUGUUGUCCAGCUGAGCGCGGGGCGCAGUGUGCCAUGUCAAGAGCCCCAGAUUCCAACAUCAGGGCCAUUGUGCCCGGCAGCGCUGGUCUGAUGCAUGGAUGGGAGUUAGUGCUGGGUACAAUCGUGCAGGGUAGAUUCGGCGGUACAGACAGGUUCAUCUUGCGAAUUCACAAGGUGCCCAUUGAGCUGCUUGUAUGCGCCAUUCCCGAUCCCCUGCGUGGCGGUGAGAUGUUAAGGGCAUUGGCCGACACGCCCAAUGACGACGUCCUUGAGACUGUAGCGGCGCAGGCCUUGCUUGACGCGGCGUGGAGGCUAGUACAACAGCGCAAGAUUUUUGACAUCACAUGCGAGGUGGUGAACGUGUUCUUCACCUGCAGCUGGAUUUUCUGGCGUGAUCAUAGCGGCCUGUGGCCGUGCUUGGUGUUCUGUUUCAUGAAGGAAGUGGCCGAAAAAAGCAUUGAGUUCACGCGUGCUUGCAAGAAAGGCUGGGCGGUACCACCGCUUUUGUUACUUGGCACCCUGUUGAAUGUUACGCUGUAUGUUUUGCUGAUCUACCAAGCGCUGGAAUACGAGGAUUACCCACACGAGCGAUUGGGACAGAUACCGAUUGCCAUCUGGGGUUGUAUGCGAUGGUGGUCCUUGCUUGGACAUCUCAGAGGUUUCAAAGCAAUCGGCCCCAGGAUCUUGCCAAUUUUGUUUGCCCUCGGAAGCAUGGGGCCAUUCUUCAUGGUCUCCUUCAUCAUCAUGCUAGGCUUUCUCUCGUCUUUUUAUGCGUUGGCAGAUACGGACGCAGACGCCCAACGCGUUCGAGGCAUCUACCUGCUCGCCAUGCUUGGGGAAGCUGGUGAAUGGUUCUUGGAUUUCUGGGUCUUCGUUUUUGUGAUCGUGAUGUGUGUGGUGUUUCUCAACCUUCUGAUUGGCAUCCUCGGUGAGGCCUACGACAUGCAUAGGGACAAGGCAGAAGUGAUCUUUGGGAGGGAGCGAGCGCGUGUGGCUCGUAGCAUCUUCCUGCGCCUUUGGCCGGUGGAUUGGCCAGAGAGCCCUGGGACUUUGCGCGCUUUCUUCUUGUCCCUGUUCACGCAGAACACAAGCGGCCGCCACAAGAGUUACUUGUGGGUAGCUGUUCCGCAAGAUCAUGGCCUGAAUGUCGCGCGGCUCACUGAAAUGAAGGAGCAUGUGUCCCAAGAAUGCGAUCGCAUAGGCGAUCGUGUAGUGCAGGCAUUACAUGACAUGAAGCAGCAGCUGGCUUACAAAGAGUCCGCGACAGCCCGAUGCCCCUUUUCUGGCGCACCUCUCCCACGUGCCUGGUAG